GCGCAGCAUCCGAUCCGAGAUAAUAUGGACCAGACACACGUAUUCACGAAUACAGCCAACUUCGUAACAUCGUGGAUGCACAACGAAGUUACAUACGUUGCCAUUGGCCGUCAGAAGCGCACACAGAAAUCACAAAAAUGGCGGAGCAAGGUGAAAGAGCGCAAUUACCACCGGGUUGGGAGUGCAGAUAUGACAUAAGAAGCGGUCGUGCGUAUUUCAUCAAUCACUUCAGCAGAACUACUACAUGGGAAGACCCCAGAGUGCGAUACUGGCAGUAUGCACAGUAUUUACAGGGAAAUUCCGUUGCAACGAGCUCUCCAUCCACCGGGAACUCGCAUGAGGCUAUACCUAUGCAGACUGGAGGAGGUAUUGUCGGUGUCGGUGGAGGUCAUUUGAUGUAUGCGGCUGCCCAUAGGGCUCCUCAAAUCUAUCCGUCACCAUACAAUAGUCCACAGCCGGCAUUUUUGCCGCCAAGUUCGCAGGAAUUAAAAACAUCAAUGUCCACCCGUUCGAUGAGCGGAAUGACAAAUAGAUUUGGUGACAUGACUAUUGGAUCACCAACGCCAGUCAGAAAUAUGGAAACGAGUUUAACUCAGAAUGGUGACACUGAGUUCCAAGUUGCUAGGAUUAAUGCUAUUUUUCCCACUGUGUCAGACACACACAUUCGACUGCUAUUGAAGAAAUACCAUAAUAGGCCGGCAUUGGUAGUGAGUGCACUGCAAAUUGAGAAGAAUCCACUUUGUGCGCCUGGUCCAGGCACACCAGUUGGAGUGCAUUCAAACUACGCUAUACCGAGAUGGCGUCUACCGGCUCAUGCUAUUCACGCUGCUAUCACAUUGAGUCCACCGCGUGGGGCACGGCCAGCCCCAAACUCCCCAAAAAUGAAACUUAGGUACCUGAAAAAUAUAUUCCCCAAAGUAGACGAAACUUUGCUACUUGAUAUUCUGGAACAGAGCGAUAAUAAUGUUCAGAAAGCGACUGAGAAGCUUCUUGAACAGGGGUAUGAGAAGAAAAAUCCCACUGGUCCGAUUAAAACAAUUGCCAAAGAGAAGAAAGAGGAGGAGGAGAUGAAAUCGAGACGUGUUAAAUCUGCUCCAACACCUCCGCCAAGGAUGAAGAGUCUUGAGGAGAAGAAUAAGAUGAAAUUAAACUUGAUGGAGAAAUUUAAAUCCGUGCCAGAGCGUGUGAUAACACUGGCAAUGGACAGUGUAGAUUACGAUGAAGAAAGGGCCAUUCAUAUUUUGGAUAUUAUGGUGGCUGAGGAAGCUGUUAGUCAACCUCGUACCUUCAGUAGUCAUAGUGAUAGCAGCAGAAGUGAUGAUAGAAAAUACAGUCCUCCCAUGACAGAAGCCAUUAAAUUGACGGCAUCUCCCAUUAAGAAGAUUAUCAAGGACAAAGAUAGUGAAAAGUCCAAGAGAUCGAAGAAUAGGAAUGAAUUACCAAAGGUUUCACGAGGUACGAGUACAACCGAAGAUGGUGAAUACAAAUCCCCAUAUUUGAUCAAAGCAACGGGUGCUAAUCCUGAACUGGCAAAAGGCCCAGACAACGAUUUGCUCUUACCUGAUUAUGCUCCCUGGGCAGGCCCAGACCCCACCAACCUCUCCAAAGAAUCAUCCGUACGAUUGCUAGCAGUUGGAAAGGAUUCCUCAUUAGUCUCCAAUCGUAAAACCCUUGCCAAAGGACCAAAUCCAGAAUUACGAAAGGGCCCCCUGCGGGGUCUGGCUGAGGGAUCAAUCUACUCUCAAAGAAACGCAGCCAACACCGAAUGUCGUGGUAAAUGAGAAAUGUGCAAUUGUUUUCAUUUAUUUCUCACUUGAAAUCCCAUCGACUUCGUGCGUCUCAACGCAUAAUCAUGCCAACAAUUUAAUACUGUUUCGCUGAAUUAUUUAGAAUCAUUCGUUUUAUUAUUCUAUAGCAGUCAGUUACUGUAUUUCUGUUGAUUUGUUACUGUUGUUCAUUAUUUACUGAAUUAUUUUCAGUUGAAGUUUAGGUUGUGUUUAUCAAGUUGUCGUUUUAUUUAAAAAAAUUGUUUUAUGAAAAAGAGGGGGGAUAUGUAUUGCAGUUAUCCCAGCCAUUUGUCCUCUCAAACAUAUCUUAAAUAAUUUUCAGUCUCUGACGAUUAACGUUCUGUAUUAUCAAUUAAUUACUUCAUUACUAGAAUAAGCUAUUAAAAAUGACUAGAUAAAACUAGAUGAUCUCCUAGAUGUAACCAAAUCUCGACAAGAAUGAAGAAAGAAUCUCUUACGUCCUACGCAUACACUACGAAAAAAAAACAAUUUCAAAAAAAAAAAUACGUCCUCGUGGUAUGCAUGAAGAUAACCAGAUUGUGACAAAUCUAUUGAUCAAAUUUUUGAUGUAUGUAUAAAAGUAUUUUCAUAUAGCUUCAUUUGAAACAAAUCAUAAUAAAAUAACGAUAAUUAUAGCAUACUAAUCCUGCCUUCGAAACAAGAUGAAAAAAAUGAUGAAAAACUCUUCAUAUUUGAAUACAAAAAAAAAUAAAAGAAUGGGCUGUGGUUGAGAGGUUUGCUGAGGGCUAUUUUUAUAGCUUUUUCUGAACUCCCGAUGAAACUAAGAUCGAAUGAUAUACAUAAUAUAUUUUGACUAUAUUUUCAGUAUAGGCAUUGCACAAGUAUAGAACGAUAGAGUGGAAGUACUUGUAAAAAAGAUGACAGCUUGGCAAGAGCUUGAACAAAAAAUAUUAACGUAAUAUGAUAAAUCUUUGCUCACUACUAGGAAAACGAGAAUAAUUGUAAACAAUCAUGAUAUCCCACGAUGAUUAUACUGCUGGAAUUAGUUAGUCGAAAUGAAUGAGAUUCCUGCCAACCAAUUUAGUGAAUGUACGAAAUAAUUUAGUUGAAAAACGGAGAGAAUUCGGUAGAAAAUUUUAUUGAAUUUCCCCUGCACUUCUAUUGAAAUCUAUUAAUUUUUCAUCGAGUGUAUUGAACAAUUUCGCAGCUUUUCUCUGCGUUUUUUGGGGACAGAAGUGGUCAAUAGCAUUGAUUUUUUAUACAACUUAUUCUAUUGAAAUAUUUUCUAUGGAAAUAUCUCCACACAAAUAUCCUUACGACAUCGAUAGAAUCGUCAAUUUUAAAUAAAGUUAAAUUGUGAAGAAGUCAAUAGCUAAUAAUACUCAUGAAUUUUAUAUUAUUAAAUUAAUCACCGAUUAAAUAUCCAAAUUCCGAAUGGUUUUAUCAAUCAAUAAUUGAGUUCGGAGGAUUGACGACUAUUUGGCUAAUCGAAAAUCCCUUUUAAAAAUUUGAAAUACCUAUCCAAUACUCAAUUUACAAUGCAAUAUUUCAAUUUUUUAAUUCAUAGAGAAUUGAAAAUUUCAAUUAUUAAUUAUUUUAUAAAUUUCAAAUUUCAAUCCAAUUUGAUCGUCAGUCUCUUUAUUUGAUUUUUUUUAGUAAGAGGGGAGAAAUGGAGUGACUAAAACUUAGAAAAUUUAUGUUUAGGAAUUUCUAUAGAAUACAUUUUAUUGGACAGUUUUGAUUGAAAAAAAAA